AUGGUAACCAUAUUUUCUUGUGAUACAGCAAAGAAUGACGGAGAAAAGGAAAAUGUUUACAAUUUUGAAUUUGAUUUGGGAUCUGAAGAAGGAACAUGUUCUUUACAAACAGAGGAAAAUAAAUUAAUUAAUCAAGAAAAUAUUAAAGAAAAUAAAUUGACACAAGAACAAAUUAAAAUAUACAAAGAAUUAAACGAGCUUACACAACAUGAAACAUUUUCAAGCACCACCGAACCUUUUGGAAUAAAUGAGAGUGAACAAACAAUUGUUGGGGGUUCUUCACAACAACAUUCUUCUCAACAUAUAAAAUAUACUUCUUCACACGCUUCCGAACAUACUUCCCAACAUUUGUCACAAUUCUCUCCCCAACAUACAACACAAUCCUCUAUUGCCGAACAUUCAAACAUUAAAGCAAUAGAAAUGUUUCAACAACAACAACAAAUGUUGGAACAGAUAUCUCAACAAAUGGACAUUCAAAAACAUACCUCAACACUUCAAAACAUUCCCAAACAUCAUUCAACACUUCCUCAACAAAAUAUUCCCCCAACUCCCUUAACUUCUCAACAAAACAUUCCCCAACAUCCCUUAAAACAUUCCUCAGUUUCAGAAACUUCUCACACAUUAAAACAUCCCCAAACAUCGGGACAACAUUUAAAUGUUGGAAAAUUCGACAGAUUACCAAAAGGAGAAAUAUUAAAAAUAAUUAAACAUAGAGAAAAUUUAAAAACAAAAGAAACCAAAACAAAAACACCCCAAACAUUUGAUUAUUCAAAUCUAAAUCAAUUAACAUUGAAAAAACGUAAACAAACAAGAAUUGAAAAUAAAUUAAAUAAAAAAAUUAAAAUGUCUCCUUCAUUUCAAAAUAGAGGUAAGAUUUUGGACAUAAUUUUUUGA